GUGAGCUGCUUUUAGGGAGGGGCAUGGGUUCCUUUAGUCUUUCAACACACACACACACUUUGCCUUCCUGCUAAAUCCAGUCUUCAAAGGGUCUGUGUUUCGGUACCUGACACACACACACACACACACACACACACACACACAAAAUCCCUUUCUCAUCUUCCUUGAGGUGCUGGACUUCCUACACAGCCCAUCUGUUUUGUCCUUAUGGCUGUUGUGGAUUCAGUGCAGAUUGGAGAAAACAAAUACAUCAGCAAGACUGACUUACUGUCACAUCUCAAAACCUAUAACCUUUAUUAUGAGGAAAAAUCACUCCACCUGCGGCACAGAGAGGAGGAAGGAGAGCUGAUCAUUGAGGGUUUGCUUAACAUCUUUUGGGGCCUGCGGCGACCAAUCAGACUGCAGAUGCAAGAUGGCAAAGAGCCAAUCGACUCUCCUCGUUUUCUUGCAUCCUUGAGGAGCUCAAGAACUGAUGCGAACAAACCAGAUUCGAAAAAACAGCACACCACACAGGCUCCGCCCACAAUUAAGGUCACAGGGCCUGAGGAUGAAUCAAAUGAGAGUGGUAGUGAAGCAGCAGGAGAGGAAGGUGAAGGGGAGGAGUCAACCCUGCAGAGGACCAGGAGUUGUUUGAGUGGGCGGAGUCUUGGUGGGAGGACCAAGCGUAGUAACCAGCGGCUACUCAGAAGACAUCGAUGUUCCUUCAAUGGCCAUUUCUAUAAUCACAAGACUGCGGUUUUCACCCCAGCGUUCGGUUCGGUCACUAACGUCCGCAUCAACAGCUCCAUGACAACGUCGCAGGUCCUCCGUGUGCUGCUCAACAAGUUUAAGAUUGAGAACAGUCCUGAUGAGUUCACCCUCUUCCUCGUACACACCAGUGGAGAGCGUGUGCAGCUGAAAAGGGAUGAUCACCCUCUGGCCAUCCGUGUCCUACAUGGACCAUGUGAACAGAUCAGCAAAUUCUUUCUCAUGGAGCAUGACCAGGUGGAGGAGGUCACCUAUGAUGUAGCACAGUAUAUAAAGCUGGAGAUGCCUGUGCUACAGAGCUUCAUUGACAAACUGAAGGAGGAAGAGAACAGAGAGAUGGAGAAGCUCAAGAAGAGGUACUGUGAUAUGCGCCGUAUGAUUCAGACGCACAUGCAACAGCUGUAUGAUAAAGCUAUAUGUUAGUAGUUUCAUUACAUUUACUUCUCUCUCUCUCUCUCUCUCUCUCUCUCUCUCAGGGUUUUAAUUUUUUAAUAUCACUCCAAGAAAUGAAAUAGUACUCACUGAAACAUUGUUCAAAUAUAGUUUUGCUGAUGAUUUAACUACCAAGAACCUAAUAUCAGUAUGUCCUGAUUUUACCAAGUGACAGACAACCUUGAGUCAACAAGGACAGAGCUUACAUUAAAUUCUGAAGCUGGAAAAGGCAAGAGCAGGACCUCUCAGGUGAUCUAAGGUCACAGUUGCCACCUUAUGACGCUGUGUAGCCAAGCCCCUGCCACUUCCUUUUCAUUUCAUCAGUUAGUUUAAAGCAUAAAAUACUGGUAUACACAAUUUAUAGUUUAGUAUCCUUAACCAAGGUAGUCAGUUACUUAAAAGCAUGAUGUGAUGUGACCCAGUUUGUGAUUGGCAGAUCAAAUUAAACUUAAGAUCCGCCCUUAUUGACCCAGGGAUAUCUGUCACUCAGCAACAUCAGGUAGUGCUAACUGCCACUCUGUUAGUACAUUUCUCUGAGUGUUAUGCAUUAUCUUCCCUACUGCUCUAAUCAGAUCACACCAUACUGUACGGGGAUUAGUGAAGAAUUAGGGAGUCUCACUGGAGAAAUAAAAUUUGAUGAUAUUUUGUAUUGUGUUUAAUAACUGAUUAAAUAAAAGCAGUUCCUGGUGACUUUUA